UAUCAAAUUAAAUGGGCUAAGCUUAAACUCAAUAAUAAUAAGAUAUGGUACUCGGAAAUGAGCAUGUGGUGUAUUUGUAAAAGAGUAAGUUUAAUGAUAUUCUCAUCUAGCUGCCACUACUGCAGCUCAUCGUAUAUAAGGCAAUUAAGAGGAAGUUCAAUUCCUAGUCAAAUGUCCUAAGUGUAGCAGUCGCUAAUUCGACGAUCAAUUGGGCAGGAUUACCAAUUGUUUUUAGUGCAAACUGGUCUUUUCUGUGAACGAUGGUUAGAUCUAAAUAAGACCUGAUUCUACAUAGCUCGAAGACAAGAGGACAUAUCAGUUUAUCGAAACAACACUGCACAAUUUAGAAAGUGUCACCUUCUAUGUAAAUAGGUUUCAAUUUCCUCUAAAAUAGAACCAAACUCGAUCCAGCCUUAAUUAAAGACAAUGUAAUAGACUUUUAAAGAUUAAUCAAUAACGUACUUUUACCUUUCUUCUCUGUACGUCAAAGAGUCUUGGAGUUAGGCAUCAAGUUUUCAAUAGGGGCAUUCGAAUUUCGAGUUGUAGGUGGAUUUCCAUCUCGAGGAAUUAUCACUAAAUAAACUCAAAUCUACUGUUAUGGUUACUACAUCUAGGACACCACAAGGAGAGUUAAGAUUUUGUCGAAGAAACCAUCUCAAUAAUUAGAUUUUGAAAUAAAGUCCUAUUUUAGUGUCAAUCCCAAAGACAAUCAGAUUAUAUAAGAUUCAACCAUUAGAGUUAACUCACAAAAAUUACUGAUUUUGCAAUGUGAAAAUGCAUCAGGCAAAAUCGACAGAAACUCUGUAAACAUUUACAUUAAUCUUUUAAGACCAUUGAGAGCAUCCCAAAUGUGUAGAAUUUGAGAGAUGUUAAAUUGUGCUGUAUAAAAUUUCCAGCAUAUUUUUCAACGUUUUAAUCUCAAAAAGAGAGAAUCAAAGAAGCCAUAAGGAAAACCAUCAUUAAUCCCUACUUCACGGGAUUAAAUAGAUAUCUGGAGAAGGGCUAAAUCUUGAGAAUUUGGGAUUUCGAAUUUCAAGUGCAGAUGUUCGAAGAUCAAGGACUGGUUGUUCCAAAUCAAACUCAAAUUGAUAUUGACCUCUUUUCCCCCAUACCCCAAUAAAGAAUUCAACAAAAUAGACAAUUUGAUCAGUUAUUUCCAUAAAACUUAGUUCCCUAUAGAAGAAAUGAUCUUCAAAGACAACAUGCUUAAUAAAUUGAAGCACUCCAUCGAUUGUUGAAUACCUUCAUUAUCUUGAAUGAGAAUCAGCAAUUGUUACUCUAACUCAGAAAUAAUAGAACUUCCGAAGAUCAAAUCAACCAAUUGCCAAUACGUCAAAUUAGUAUGGAGUUUAUCAACUAACAUAAAAAUGAUGACAAUCACAUCAAAUGCAUGAUUUGCUUAGAGGAUUAUGAGGAGAAUCAGAUUGUUCGAACUAUGCCAUGCUGUAAAGAUUGAUAUUCAUUAAUUUCUAGGGCAUUACUUCCAUCAAGAAUGUAUUGACAAAUGGUUACACAAGAGUACUCUAUGUCCCAUAUGUAAGACUGAAGUUGAUACAGACUUAUAAACGGAAGAAAUUUCGAUGCAAAUGCAGUAAUGAAGC